AGCCCAAAUCCACAAUAGUUGGGCUAGGCCCAGUUGAUGAGCGGCGCCACGCAUGUUAUAAUAUACCCUAAGACAAACUCAUUCUCAAUCUCUAUAUAAGCGGAGUGUUGUUCACCUUCUAGGGUUUAUUCUUCACAUCGCGCCGUCUCAAGAGAAGAAAAAUGGCUCCGAAGAAGGGUGUAGCAGUAGCAGCAAAGAAGAAAAAUGAGAAGGCGAAAGUGGUGAAUCCACUUUAUGAGAAGAAGCCAAGGCAGUUCGGUAUCGGUGGUGCGCUUCCACCGAAGAAGGAUUUGUCGAGGUUCGUCAAAUGGCCUAGGAAUGUUGUGCUUCAAAGGAAGAAGAGGAUUCUCAAGAUGCGUUUGAAGGUUCCCCCAGCUCUUAACCAGUUCACCAAGACACUUGAUAAGAACCUUGCUACAACCCUUUUCAAGAUGCUUCUGAAGUACAGGCCUGAGGACAAAGCUGCAAAGAAGGAGCGUCUUGUCAAAAGGGCUCAAGCUGAAGCUGAAGGAAAGACUCCUGAAACAAAGAAACCCAUUAUCGUGAAAUAUGGGCUUAAGCACAUCACGUACCUUAUUGAGCAGAAUAAAGCUCAGUUAGUAGUGAUUGCUCAUGAUGUGGACCCAAUUGAGUUGGUUGUCUGGCUUCCGGCCCUAUGCAGAAAGAUGGAAAUUCCUUACUGCAUUGUGAAAGGGAAAGCCCGUUUAGGAUCAAUCGUGCAUAAGAAAACUGCUUCAGCCCUGUGUUUGACAACUGUGAAGAAUGAAGACAAGAUGGAGUUCAGCAGAGUUUUGGAGGCUAUUAAGGCUAACUUCAAUGACAAGUAUGAGGAGAACAGGAAGAAGUGGGGUGGUGGUAUCAUGGGCUCCAAGUCACAGGCCAGGACUAAGGCCAAAGAGAGGGUUCUUGCCAAGGAAGCUGCCCAGAGAUUGAACUAAGAGCUUGCUGUGAUCUAUAAGCUUCGAUUGGAUUAGAGUUGCUCUGCCAAUUUUUGUUUUAGGUUCACAAGCUUGACUGUGAUAAAGAUAUUAGUUCGAUGAUAAGUACUUUUAUGUUUGUCUUUUGCGAAUUAUGCGAAGAAGCUUAAAACUUUUUCAGAA